GAGCGGGCCAUGAAGCUCCCGGGGCUGGCUUUAUUGAGCCUGGCUUGGCUGCUCCGCGCAGCCACCCCUCUGCAAAUCUGCGCCUUCAACAUCCAGAGCUUUGGGGACAGCAAACUCUCGGACAAAGGCAUCUCAAAAAUUAUCGUGAAGAUCCUGUCCCGGUAUGACAUCGCCCUGGUGCAAGAGGUGCGGGACUCAGACUUCAGCGCUGUCAGUGAACUGAUGGAGCGCCUGAACAGCGCCUCCGAGCACUCCUACGCCUACGAGAGCAGCGAGCCGCUCGGUCGGGAGAACUACAAGGAGAUGUACCUCUUCAUCUACAGGACGGACAGUGUGACUCCUCUGGAGAAGUACCAAUACUCCAACAAGGACAGCGCCUUCAGCCGAGCCCCUUUCAUUGUGAAGUUCUCCACUCCAGGCUCAAAGGAAGACGAGCUUAUUCUGGUCCCCCUCCACACUCCUCCGAGCGACGCCGUGGCCGAGAUAGAUGCUCUCUACGAUGUCUACCUGAAGGUCAUUGACAAGUGGGGCACGGAUAACAUGAUGUUCCUCGGAGACUUCAACGCAGACUGCAGCUACGUUGGGAAGAACGACUGGGCCUCUAUCCGCCUGCGCAGCAGCGAGGUCUUCAAGUGGCUCAUCUCCGACGACACGGACACCACCGUGGGCGACUCCGACUGCGCCUACGACAGGAUCGUCGUGAGUGGCGCAAAGCUGAGGAACUGGAUCAAGCCCAAUUCUGCCAAAGUGUACAACUUCCAGAGUACCUUCAAACUGAGCCAAGAGCAGGCUCUGGCUGUCAGCGACCACUUCCCAGUGGAAGUGACGCUGAAGUCCCAGUGAUGUCCCUUCCUCCCUCGGAGCGCCGCUUUGCUGCCUGCAUGCGUGCGCAGGGUGGGUGCGCAGGUCUGGCUCUCCCCCCCUCCCCCGGGCCAGCAUGGAUGACUGGCUGGAGCCCCCACUGCUACCUCACCCGACUGCUGUACCGCCCUUUUCUUGGGCACGCCUGCCCAGCCAGCCUCCGCUCUUACGAGCCCAGAGGGGCCUGCCUUGGGAAGCAGCGAUGCCCCGAGAUCCUUCACAGAAGAGGGGGAAAACUUCUCUGCUCUCCAGUCAAACCGAGGACCCCCUGCAUCCAACAUACUUGCCGUGCCCCAGAGCUGCAGCCACUGCGUGCCUGCCUGAGACAGGUUCUCUCCUUAUCCUGGCUCUCCCUUCACCCGCUCUGCCCAGAACUCUCUGGAUUGGCCUUGGGGCAGCCGCCCUCGCUCAGUCUGCCGCAGCCUACCUCAAAGAGCGGGUGCAAGGAGGCCAUGCUGUGCGUUCUGCUGUGUACACAGCCCUCAGAGCGAGGGCACCGCAAUAAACCAAUAAGUAGCUCAGGA